AUGGAAGCAAUUACAUGGCUUCCAUUAAUGUUUCUGAUUCUGUGCUCUGUGAGAGGAGAACUUCUCCCCAACAUUGGUGCUCACCUGAUGAAUUGCACGGAGUCGGACCGAGAAGCUCUCAUCGACUUCAAGAAUGGCCUUCAUGAUCCUGCAAACAGGCUUUCUUCAUGGAAGGGAAGCAACUGUUGUCAUUGGCGGGGAAUAAGUUGUGAAAACACUACUGGAGUUGUUAUUGCAGUUGAUCUCCGAAAUCCACAUCCAACUUAUAAUUACAAUGAUGAAUCUCUCGACAGGUAUGGAUUCUGGAACCUCAGUGGGGAAAUUAAACCUUCAUUGACGAAACUCAAGUCCUUGAGGCAUUUGGACUUUAGUUUUAACACAUUCAAUGACAACCCAAUUCCUGAUUUUUUUGGAUCUUUCAAAAACUUGCAAUAUCUGAACCUCUCUCAUGCUGGGUUUAGUGGUGCGAUUCCGUUAAAUUUAGGGAACCUUUCAAGCUUGCAGUAUCUUGAUGUUUCUUGUGAUGAUAUUUGGGAAGAGUCUAGUUUAUUUGUUGAUAAUCUUAAAUGGUUAACAGAUCUUAGUGAUAACCAAUUCCUUCCAAAAGUCCUCGAUUUUCUUGUCAAUGUUAGCAGCCUUAUUACUUUGGGUAUGAGCAAUAAUUGGUUGGAUGGAAGAAUUCCACUUGAUUUUAGUGAACUACCAAAUUUGCAGUUUUUAUAUCUGGGAGCCAGUGGUCUUUCAGAAAGUUGUCAUCAAAUGUUAGGGGGACGAUGGGAGAAGAUACAAGACCUUGACUUCGGCAGGAAUGAUCUCCAUAGGAAACUUCCUUCUUCCAUUGGAAACCUGACAUUUCUCAGUCACCUAGAUCUUUCAGGCAAUAGUGUUGACGGUGGGAUUCCAAGCUCACUCGGAAAACUUUGCAAUUUGAUUUCGUUAGAUGUGUCUGAUAAUUACAUCAAUGAAACUUUACCAGUGGCACUUGAAGGAAUAGAAAUUUGCCUUUCUAGGAAGCCAUUUCCUAUUCUGCAAUCUUUCGACUUGUCAUAUAAUUACCUGGUUGGUAAUUUACCGGAAUGGUUGGGUCACAUUGAGAAUCUUGUUGAGCUUGAUUUGUCCUUGAACUAUCUAAAUGGUCAAAUCCCAGCUUUUUUCGGAUCACUCCAAAAUCUUUCUAGGGGGCCACUGCCUAGUCUGCAAUAUUUGGACUUGUCAGAUAAUUACCUGGUUGGCAAUUUACCAGAAUGGUUGUGUCAACUUGAACCAGAAAGGAGGUUAUAG